CCCUUCUUUUCUUCUCCUUUCUGGUUCCUUCAUUUUCAGUAGCUAUAUUUGACAUUUUCUUGUCUUUUCCUGUUCAAAUGAUAAAGAUCUUACAUGGGUUUUUGUGUAUUUUUUUCUUGCAAAACUAUGAAGAACAAAUAAUUAAGAUCUUCGGGCUUUUAAACAAGAUCUUGUCUUCUUCUUUUCUGUGGCUGAGACUGAUCGGUGUAUACUUGAGACUGAGAUUGUUUAUGAGUUCUUUAUCCGUGUCUUUCUUUUUUCAUUAAACUUGAUGUAAAAUAGAAAGAGAAAUCGAAAAAAGUAAUACAGUGGAGUACAUAGAAUAAGUUUCUUGAUACUGCUCAGUGUUGAGAGAUCAGUCUAUUACAUGUAAAAAACACUUUGAAAAUUUUGAUUUGGUUCAGUAAUCAAACUGCUGUUUAAUGGUAGAUGGUCUUUUAAUUGUGUUGGAUGUUGAGAAACUGUGAUCCUGGAAACUUGUCGGUUGCCUGAGAAACGAUGCCAAGCCAGCUAUGGUUUGUACUGCUAAUGAUUUAUCAGCAUGGGAGGAUUUUCCAAAGGGCCUCAGGAUCCUUCUCCUCGAGGAAGAUAGCAAUUCUGCUGCAGAACUAAAAUCUAAACUCGAAGCAAUGGAUUACAUUGUGUCUAUAUUCUGCAAUGAAAAUGAAGCUCUGUCAGCAAUUUCAAACGAACCUGAAAGUUUCCAUGUUGCUAUUGUUGAGGUGGGUACAAGCAAUAGCAAUGGGAGAUUUGAGUUUCUUGAAGCUGCCAAGGACUUGCCUGCCAUCAUGAUUUCAAACAUUCAUUGCCUGAGCAUCAUGAUGAAGUGCAUAGCGCUUGGUGCGGUUGAGUUCCUUAGGAAACCUCUCUCUGAAGAGAAGCUGAGGAACAUAUGGCAGCAUGUGGUUCGCAAGGCAUUUAAUGCAGGAGGAAAUGUCCAGUCUGAAUCACUAAAACCUGUCAAAGAUUAUGUAGCUUCAAUGCUGCAGAUCAAAGUAGAAACUGAAGAGGCAAAGAAUGAGAGCUUGGAGAGAAUAGAAAAUGGAUCUCCAGCUCAAGAAAAUGAGCAUGAGCAGUCAUCAGGUAGUGAUAAGUACCCAGCUCCUUCAACCCCACAAUUAAAACAAGGAGCUCGGUUAUUGGAUGAUGGGGAUUGCCAAGAUCAUACUAAUUGCUCAGCAGAAAAAGAGAGUGAGGGAGAAUCUAAAUCUGUCGAAAAUACUUGUGCAAUGACUGAAGUAACUCUGCAGGUAAACCAUCCUCAGAGCUUAAGUGAGACUCUGAUCAAAGAGGAGGAUGACUUGGCUGAUUGUGUCAAGUGUGAGAAUAAUGUAUCUAACAGUCCACAAAACAAAGGCAAUCUCAACAAUCCUGAUGGAAAUGCUCAAACCCCAGAUAAAGCUUCUGGUCUUCAUAAUUCGUAUGGGACGAGAGUUAUUCGAAAGAAAAUGAAGGUAAAGGUAGACUGGACAGCUGAGCUGCAUAAAAAAUUUGUGCAGGCAGUGGAGCAAUUGGGUGUAGAUCAAGCCAUUCCUUCAAGAAUACUAGAGGUGAUGAAAGUGGAAGGCUUGACAAGGCAUAAUGUAGCAAGUCAUCUCCAGAAAUAUCGAAUGCAUCGGAGACAUAUUCUGCCAAAGGAAGAUGAUAGGAGAUGGUCACAACAAAGGAGUUAUUAUCAACAUAAACCUAUCAUGGCCUAUCCUCCACCUCACUCUAAUCAUACUUUCCAACUAAGUCCUGUGUAUCCUGUCUGGGGAGCAGCUGCUGGUCAACCACCUGGUGUCCAAAUGUGGUGCUCCUCACCUGGCUAUUCCCCAUGGCUGCCAUCGGAAAGUUGGUAUUGGAAACCUUAUCCAGGGAUGCAUGCAGAAGCAUGGGGUUGCCCAGUGAUGCCGCCACCUCAAAGUCCUUAUUCUUCCUCACCUCAAAAUGCUACAGUUUUUCACAGUGAUGGAAUUGUUGAUAAUGGGUGCAAUGGUCCACAAAAUUCAUUUGACCUCCAUCCGACGUGGUUGUCCUUGGUGCAGGCAGAGGAGUUGGUUGACAAUAUAGUAAAAGAGGCAAUUAACAAGCCUUGGUUACCGUUGCCUUUAGGAUUGAAGCCUCCUUCCACUGAUAGUGUCCUAGCAGAGCUUACAAGGCAAGGCAUUUCCAGACUUCCUUCUCACAUCAACUUCUCAAAUUCCAUGUGAGAUUCAUACCAUCACUUCACUACUCUAGAUCACGCUGAUACAUGCUUAUUCAACCAAUCAAAACCCAUGAUCUAUAAGCCAAAAUGGAUGGGACCCACCCCUUGCUGGGACGGGGACAGAAAAUUAAUGAAGACGCAGAAGCAGUGGAGGAUGACGUCAAGUAGGGGCAACAAGAACGGCUAGAGAAGGGCCAAGUAGACAUGUGAAAUUUGUGGUUGUAAAUACAUCCUAACAGGGAAAAAUUGCUGUUCAAUAUUGGCCUUUCCGGGUGUUUUUAUGAGCUUUUCUUUCUUUUCCUGGAUAUUUGUGUUUGUCAGCUCUUUGUACGUGUAAUUUACACAAUGGUGAAUCCAGUUGUAGCAAUAAAAUAUAUAAAUUUCAUUUUGUAA